AGGAGGCUGCAGACUUCGGGGCAGAAGGUCAUGUACCAGCCUAGACAUGUCCACUGGUCCCCGCUGGAGCAGUGGCCUCUGGACCGGUGGGCCACAGUGAGGCCUUUGCACAGCAGCCAGAGGUGGGAAUGAGAUCACGAAAUCAAGGUGGAGAAAGUUCAUCUAAUGGGCAUGUUUCCUGCCCCAAGUCCUCCAUCAUCAGCAGUGAUGGUGGUAAGGGCCCCUCAGAAGAUGCAAAAAGGAACAAGGCAAAUCGGAAGGAGGAGGAUGUCAUGGCUUCUGGAACUGUCAAACGCCACCUCAAGCCAUCUGGAGAGAGUGAGAAAAAGACUAAGAAGCCUCUGGAGUUAUCCAAGGAGGAUCUCAUCCAGCUCCUGAGUAUCAUGGAAGGGGAACUGCAGGCUCGAGAAGAUGUCAUCCACAUGCUGAAGACAGAGAAAACCAAGCCCGAGGUUCUGGAGGCGCAUUAUGGAUCUGCAGAACCAGAGAAAGUGCUUCGGGUCCUGCACCGGGAUGCCAUCCUUGCUCAAGAGAAGUCCAUAGGAGAGGAUGUCUAUGAGAAACCCAUCUCAGAGCUGGACAGACUGGAGGAAAAGCAGAAGGAGACAUACCGCCGCAUGCUAGAGCAGCUGCUGCUGGCUGAGAAGUGUCACAGGCGCACCGUGUACGAGCUGGAGAACGAGAAGCACAAGCACACUGACUACAUGAACAAGAGCGAUGACUUUACCAACCUGCUGGAACAGGAGAGAGAGAGAUUGAAAAAGCUCCUUGAGCAAGAAAAGGCUUACCAAGCCCGCAAAGAAAAGGAAAACGCUAAGCGGCUCAACAAACUUCGAGAUGAGCUUGUGAAACUAAAGUCCUUCGCACUCAUGCUGGUGGAUGAGAGACAGAUGCACAUCGAGCAGCUGGGCCUGCAGAGUCAGAAAGUCCAGGACCUCACUCAGAAACUGAGGGAGGAGGAAGAAAAACUCAAAGCCAUCACUUACAAAUCCAAGGAAGACCGCCAGAAACUGCUCAAGUUAGAAGUGGACUUCGAACACAAGGCCUCGAGGUUCUCCCAGGAGCACGAAGAGAUGAACGCCAAAUUGGCUAAUCAAGAAUCUCACAACAGGCAACUUAGACUCAAACUGGUUGGCUUAUCGCAGAGGAUUGAGGAACUGGAAGAGACCAAUAGAAGUCUUCAGAAGGCAGAGGAAGAACUUCAGGAGCUGAGAGAUAAAAUUGCCAAAGGGGAAUGCGGGAACUCCAGUCUCAUGGCGGAAGUGGAAAGUCUGCGCAAGCGUGUGCUUGAGAUGGAGGGCAAGGAUGAAGAGAUCACUAAGACGGAGGCCCAAUGCCGGGAGCUGAAGAAGAAGCUCCAAGAGGAAGAACACCACAGUAAGGAACUUAGACUAGAAGUGGAGAAGCUGCAGAAGAGGAUGUCUGAACUGGAGAAGCUGGAGGAAGCCUUCAGCCGGAGUAAGUCGGAAUGCACCCAGCUCCAUUUGAACCUGGAGAAGGAGAAGAACCUAACCAAAGACCUGCUGAACGAGCUGGAGGUGGUCAAGAGUCGGGUUAAAGAACUCGAGUGCUCGGAGAGCAGACUGGAGAAGGCUGAGUUAAGCCUCAAAGACGACCUUACAAAGCUGAAGUCCUUCACUGUGAUGUUGGUGGACGAGAGGAAAAACAUGAUGGAGAAAAUAAAGCAAGAAGAGAGGAAAGUAGAUGGGUUGAAUAAAAACUUUAAAGUGGAGCAGGGGAAGGUUAUGGAUGUGACUGAAAAGCUAAUCGAGGAAAGCAAGAAGCUUUUAAAACUCAAGUCUGAAAUGGAGGAAAAAGUGUACAGUCUGACCAAGGAGAGGGAUGAGCUGAUGGGUAAACUGAGGAGUGAAGAAGAAAGGUCCUGUGAACUGAGCUGCAGUGUAGACUUACUAAAGAAGCGGCUGGACGGCAUAGAGGAGGUGGAGAGGGAAAUCAACCGAGGUAGGUCGUGCAAGGGGUCUGAGUUCACCUGCCCGGAAGACAAUAAGAUCAGGGAACUGACGCUUGAAAUCGAGAGACUGAAGAAGCGGCUGCAGCAGCUGGAAGUGGUAGAGGGGGACUUGAUGAAGACCGAGGACGAAUACGACCAGUUGGAGCAGAAGUUCAGAACCGAGCAGGAUAAGGCAAAUUUUCUCUCUCAGCAGCUCGAGGAGAUCAAGCACCAAAUGGCCAAGAACAAAGCCAUAGAGAAAGGGGAGGCUGUGAGCCAGGAAGCCGAGCUGCGACACAGGUUCCGGCUGGAGGAGGCUAAAAGUCGAGAUUUACAAGCUGAGGUGCAGGCUCUCAAGGAGAAGAUCCACGAGCUGAUGAACAAGGAAGAUCAGCUGUCUCAGCUCCAGGUCGACUAUUCGGUCCUUCAGCAAAGAUUUAUGGAAGAAGAAACUAAGAACAAGAACAUGGGGAGGGAGGUCCUCAACCUGACCAAAGAGCUGGAACUUUCCAAGCGCUACAGCCGGGCUCUCAGGCCGAGUGGAAAUGGCCGAAGGAUGGUGGAUGUGCCCGUGGCCUCCACUGGAGUGCAGACUGAGGCCGUGUGCGGGGAUGCUGCAGAGGAGGAGACCCCGGCUGUGUUCAUCCGCAAAUCCUUCCAGGAAGAAAAUCACAUCAUGAGUAAUCUUCGACAGGUAGGCCUGAAGAAACCUAUGGAACGCUCCUCGGUCCUUGACAGGUAUCCCCCAGCAGCGAAUGAGCUCACCAUGAGGAAGUCUUGGAUUCCUUGGAUGAGAAAGAGAGAAAACAGUCCCUCUGUCCCCCAGGAGAAAGGUCCCAGGCCAAACCAGGGUACAGGGCACCCCGGGGAGCUGGUCCUAGCACCGAAGCAGGGCCAGCCCUUGCAUAUCCGUGUGACACCAGAUCACGAGAACAGCACUGCCACCCUGGAGAUCACGAGCCCCACAUCUGAAGAGUUUUUCUCUAGUACCACCGUCAUUCCUACCUUAGGCAACCAGAAACCAAGGAUCACCAUUAUUCCAUCACCCAAUGUCAUGUCGCAGAAGCCCAAAAGUGCAGAUCCUACUCUCGGCCCAGAACGAGCCAUGUCCCCUGUCACGAUUACUACUAUUUCCAGAGAGAAGAGCCCAGAAGGUGGAAGGGGUGCGUUUGCAGACAGGCCCGCAUCCCCCAUCCAGAUCAUGACGGUGUCAACGUCUGCAGCUCCCCCUGAAAUCGCUGUCUCUCCCGAGUCUCAGGAAGUGCCUAUGGGAAGGACUAUCCUCAAAGUCACCCCGGAAAAACAAACUGUUCCAACCCCUGUGCGGAAGUACAACUCCAACGCGAAUAUCAUCACCACCGAAGACAAUAAAAUUCACAUUCAUCUGGGUUCUCAGUUUAAGCGAUCUCCCGGGCCUGCAGCGGAAGGUGUGAGUCCGGUUAUCACGGUCCGGCCUGUCAACGUGACAGCUGAGAAGGAGGUUUCUACUGGCACAGUCCUUCGCUCUCCCAGGAACCACCUCUCUUCAAGACCUGGUGCUAGCAAAGUUACCAGCACUAUAACCAUUACCCCGGUCACAACGUCAUCCACGCGAGGAACCCAGUCAGUGUCAGGACAAGAUGGGUCAUCUCAGCGGCCUACACCCACCCGCAUUCCUAUGUCAAAAGAAAGUGUCAUCAUUCACCAGUUGCGAAUGAGCUCCAGAUGAGAUUGCCAGGCACAGCCCUUGGUCAUCACUAAAGUCACCAUGCUACUGAUGUUGAUUGGAAACACCUUAGGACUUCCAGUGAUUUUCUUUCUUUUUUUUUUUUUUUUUUUUUUUUUUUUUUUUUUGGAGGAUACAACUUAGCAGUUAAAAACCACAUUGUGAAUGACAUGAACGUAUGUGGCAAACCCAGUUGAAUCUUUGUGCCCAAAGAACAUUUUCUUCUCUUUACACAGUGCUCAGGCCUAUGGGCACAUGCUGUAUAAUUUAUUUGUAUAAUGCUUUUUGUAAUGUGAUUUUCCCCCUAAACUGUCUCCUUUCUCAUCCAUGGCACAUGUAUCUGUAGGUUGUACUGUCAGUUCUUCGAAGUAUUGUGUAUUCAAAAGAAGUUGACCUAUCAUUUUCCCUUUAUUAAUUUGUUAUUUUUAAGGGAAAGAAAGCAAAACACUCUUAUUUCCCUGGACAACCUUAAAAGGUAAAACAGGAGACCCCGGGAGUUUAACUGCUUGAAAGGUGCUAUGAUUCUGAUCGUGGCCCAACGCUGAAAACAGUGUCCUGAAUUAGGAGUUUAAGUACUUAAAACCAAAUUGUAACAGUCUCCUUUGGUGUUCUGAAUGGGAAACAAAGAGCUUUGACUCAAUUUUAUUUCUACCUGCAUUGUUUAAUGCUGUGUAUAAAACAUAAUAGUGACUUUGAUGUCCCUGUAUUCCCCACAUAUCAAUGCCCUCGCGAAAACUUACAAAUAAAAGCUGACCUAAAUAAUGUCAACUUUUUUCAAAAAAAAAAAAAAAAAUAGGUAGACCCAAAGGUAAUCACUUCCCUCUGAUGUUGACAGACUUUCCAAACUACUUGUAGGUAGGAAAAACAACUACUCCUCCUCCCUCUUUCUCCUCUUCCUCCUCCCUCUAUGUCCUCCCAUCUCUCUCCUCCCUCCUCCCAUCUCUCUCCUCCCUCUUCCUUCUCCGUCCUCCUCCCUCCUCCCAUCUCUCUCCUCCCUCCCCCCUACCCAAUAUUAUUAUUCUUGGUUCAGGUUCUUGCUAUGUAUCUCUCGAUAGCCUAAAACUGGCUUUGUAGACCAGGCUGGCCUUGAAGUCACAGGGAUCCUGCCUGACUCUGCCUCCCACAUGUGCUUGGACUAAAGGCAUGUGCCACCAAACCCAGCUAAGAAUAUAUAUUUUAAAGAAUUAAAAGCCCACCAUUUGUUACUUGUCUCAUUGUCAGAGCUGCUGUUGAAUUUAGGUUUAUGUAAAAUUGUGAAAUCAACUUGAAAGUCUAGUUAAAAAAAAACACUGUUGACAAGAGUGUACUUCUUAAAAGAUCUUUAAAAUAACUUUAAGGAUAAGCACUGACACUCAGUUUCUAAAUGAAGAUGUCAUUUACCGUGCUGUUUUAGUAUGAUUAAAGAGCCACAGCAUCUUCUGAGUGUUCUGAGGUAAGUCAAGUCACGCAAGUCAUGUGCUGGAGGCUCACCUCUGUAGUCCACAAACUAUACCCACAUCAGCCGCAGAUGGAAGUUUACAGAGUCUCUGGAAUAGGAAACACAGCGCUAAAUUUCCUCCCUCAUGUAGCCUAGAAGGUUUUUAAUAUAUUCCGUGGAGCUGACAAAUCAUAUUCAAUACAUACCAUAAAUUAUUUUCUAAAAAAUAUUCUUGCAUUUGUUUAAAGUAAAAUCAAUGUUAUGUUAGGCAUAACCUUUUGUGGUUUUUAAUCACUGACACAGAAGUCUAUACUACAUGUGUGUGUGUGUAUGAAGAUUUUUAAAAGUGUUAAGAUUUGCUUUCUCAAAAUGUUAAAAUAUAAUGAUAUUUUCAAUCACGAAACAGUUUUCAUUUGCUUUAGUAUCUUUCUGCUGACAGCGAGGUAAAAGUUUUAGGUGGUAUAGUUACUGAAGCUUCAUUAUUUGUUUUAAAUUACAAAACUACUAAGCUGCAUACGUGGAUCUUCUGGGUUUCUUUCCCUCCUGAGUUAUAAAGAAAUUUAGUGUUUGUAAAGAUGGUGAAGAUUAUGUUGUAACCAGUCAUCUGGGCAGAUGCUGAUUUUCCUGCCUACCUCAUCACCAAUUUCUUUGUUUAAACAUGAGUGACAGACAAGUAAACGAGCACAUUAAAUAUGAAACAGAGAGUUUUAACAAAAUCACAGUCACAUCUCAGCAGCCUUGUCUGUUGUAAAAGUGGCCUUCACAAGCAGUUCUGGCGCUAACCUGGAUACAUUACAUAACUUCGAUUUCUUUUACUGUAAAUACAUCUCCAUCAAUUUGGAUGAGACUAAUUUUUGGAUGGAAUUAUUUUUUUUUCUGAACUGCAAUCAGCAUUUCUAGUUCAAGGCACAGUUGACCUAAAUCCAUUGUUCUGUUUGAUCUGUUGUUGUUGUUCUAUUUUGUUUUUCAGAUAGGGUCUCCUUAUGUAGCUCUGGUUGUCCUGGAACUCACAGAGAUCCUGUCUCUCUGUUUCCUGACUGUUAGAAAUUAAAAUGUGCAAUACAAUGCCCAUCCUUUACACUUGUUUUCUGAGACAGGGUUUCACUAUUUAGCCCAGGCUGUCCUCAAACACACUGUGUAGCUAAGGCUAGGUUCACACCCAUGAUCUUCCUGCCCCAGUUACCCAGGUGUUAGAAUUACAAGCAUGAAUCACAGUGCUGACUAUGCCUUUUCUCUUGUUAACUGUUUUUGCUUAUUUGAUCUUGGUUUUUGUGGUAUCAUCUGCAUUUCUUCAAGUGUUCAUAAAGUGUUGAGCUUGAUAAAGAGACUGGAUAGAGUGUAUCUGCAGGAUGUCCUUGCCCAGAAUGUACAUAAAAUAAAUACAUUGAGUCUUAAAACAACCACUAAGAAAUCAUGAUGUGGAAUAUCUAGUUUAAGCACUAACAGCAACAUAGAUGCUACUCAAAUAUCUUAGAGCUUGUAAAAGUCAGAGGCAAAGCAAGAGUAAAUGGUUUAUUAGGCAUGUGAUGGUUUUAUCCAAUGCCAUUGUUGAAAUUUUCUGGAAAAACAGAAAAAAAGGCAUGACAGAAGUUGAAUAUGUUCAUGUAUUGUUUCAGCCACGCAUCUAAAAAUAGCAGAAGUACAAAAUGAAACUUAAGAGUUGGUACCUGAGGCUCAGGCCAUCUUAUCUCCACUGCUAAACCAAUGCUAAAAAGACCAAUUAGAGGGUAAAGAGGAAGAAAAAUUAGACGUUUAUGACCAUUAGUAUUUGUUUCUUAAGUUUUCAGUAGUUAUUUCAUAACAAUAUAAUAACUGUGUGUUCUUUAUGGAAAAUGUAAUAGUUUCACAAUGUUGAAACAUUUGGACAGGUAUGUUUAUGGAUGCUGUGGUGGGAUACAGGCAUUUUCUGCCUUUUUGAUGUUUGUAGCUCAUGUUAUUUGGGGGUAUUUCACCUUAUCAUCCAACAGAUUUUGUCAGUUUACCAGUGAAAAUUUGAAUUUUUAAUCUAAUUUUUAAAGAAAAGAAUAUAAGGUAUUCAUUUAUCCAAAAUAAUAAAUGUAUAAUGUGAUAAGUCAGUCUUAGAAUUCUUCAAGUUUUAAGAGUUUUCAGAAGCAAGAAUAUAUUUUGGGAAUCUUUUAGAAAUACAUCCUAUUUUCCUAUCAUUCUUAAUUUGCCUUCCCUUAAGCUCUAUUAAAUAAAUAAGUUUAUUAUUUUACAUUGAAGCCAUACGGUUUUAUGUGCUUGUCUUUUAUAUGAGCGUAAUGCCCUCUUUUUGGCUCUUCAUUGAAUUACAGUUAAGACAUUCUCUGUUACUUUUAAAAUCAAAUAAUUUAUGGAAAUCUCACCAGAGUAUGAAAAAAUGACAAUGAAAUAUAAAAAGAUUGUGCAAUAUUCUUUUUACAUCUGAACACAGUAUUCAUACAAUUAAAAAAUUAAAUUUC